GGGCGGGCCGACGGCUGUAAUGGCGGCUGGCGGCGGCUCGGCGCUGCUCUGACACCCGGAUACUGCUCGGCGCAGCACCCCCCUCCCCGCGCCCGGCCCGCCCCCCUCCUCCCCGCCCCAGCCAGCUCCGCUCGCCCCCUCCCUGGCCCCUGCUCCAGGCCCCCGCCGCGGGACGAGGAGGAGGGCUCCCCGCAGACAAUGGACGAGCACCCUGGAGCCGGAGGAGGCGGUGGGAUGGCGGCCGCCCCGAGACCGCAGCAGCCGCCGCCGCCGCAGGCGGGUGGGAACAUGAACCUGCAGGCGGGUGGGGGCUGCGUGGGGGCCGGGGCCGGCGGAGGAGGAGGAGGGCAACAGCAGCCGCCCCAGGGCCCCGCGGCCCCGGCUGGUCAGGAGGCGGUGGGCCCCGCCGAGCUGUCCCGGCCCCAGCACUACACGAUUCCAGGGAUCCUGCACUACAUCCAGCACGAGUGGGCCCGCUUCGAGAUGGAGAGGGCGCACUGGGAGGUGGAGCGGGCCGAGCUCCAGGCUCGGAUAGCGUUUUUACAAGGGGAAAGAAAGGGUCAAGAAAAUUUGAAGAAAGAUUUAGUAAGAAGAAUAAAAAUGUUAGAAUAUGCAUUAAAACAAGAAAGGGCAAAAUACCAUAAGUUGAAAUAUGGCACAGAAUUGAACCAAGGUGACUUGAAAAUGCCAACUUUUGAAUCAGAAGAAACCAAAGAUAUGGAGGUUCCCGCAGUACCUCAAAAUAGCCAAUUGACCUGGAAGCAAGGCAGACAGUUACUGAGACAGUAUCUUCAGGAAGUAGGUUAUACAGAUACAAUAUUGGAUGUACGCUCCCAGCGGGUAAGGUCUUUGCUUGGGCUCUCCAAUUCAGAACCAAACGGUUCAGUAGAGACAAAGAACUUAGAACAGAUCCUUAAUGGGGGUGAAUCUCCUUCAUCAAAACAAAAGGGACAGGAAAUAAAAAGGAAUUCUGGUGAUGUUCUUGAAACAUUUAACUUCUUAGAAAAUGCAGAUGAUAGUGAUGAAGAAGAAGAGAGUGACAUGAUAGAAGAUAUUGCAGAAGGAAAAGAAAAGCACCGGAUAAAUAAGAAACACAAAAUUGGUAAUGAAGGGUUAGCUGCUGACCUAACAGAUGACCCAGAUACUGAAGAAGCUUUGAAAGAAUUUGAUUUUUUAGUGACAGCUGAAGAUGGUGAGGGAGCUGGAGAAGCUCGAAGUUCAGGAGAUGGAACAGAGUGGGACAAAGAUGACCUGUCCCCAACUGCUGAGGUUUGGGAUGUAGACCAGGGACUAAUAAGUAAACUGAAGGAACAGUACAAGAAGGAACGAAAGGGGAAGAAAGGGGUAAAGAGAGUCAACAGGACAAAACUUCACGACAUGAUAGCUGAUCUGGGCGAUGAUGAGAUACCCCACAUCCCUUCAGGAAUCAUUAAUCAAUCUAGGUCACCCUCUUCUAGAAUGACUGAUCAUGAAGGUGCAAGAGCAGAGGAAGCUGAGCCAAUAACGUUUCCACCUGGAGGAGGCAAGUCAUUUAUUAUGGGUUCUGAUGAUGUGUUGUUAAGUGUACUGGGCCUUGGAGACCUUGCAGACUUGACAGUAACAAAUGAUGCAGACUAUAGUUAUGAUCUGCCAGCUAAUAAAGAUGCCUUCCGAAAGACAUGGAACCCUAAGUAUACGCUACGCAGUCAUUUUGAUGGAGUGCGGGCAUUAGCUUUUCAUCCUGUAGAGCCUGUGCUGGUUACAGCCUCUGAGGACCAUACUCUAAAACUUUGGAAUUUGCAGAAAACAGUUCCUGCCAAAAAGAGUGCCUCUUUAGAUGUAGAACCCAUCUACACAUUUAGGGCUCAUAUUGGACCUGUAUUGUCAUUGGCAAUUAGUUCCAAUGGAGAGCAGUGUUUCAGUGGUGGUAUUGAUGCAACCAUCCAGUGGUGGAACAUGCCUAGCCCUAAUGUGGAUCCAUAUGAUACCUAUGAGCCAAACGUUCUAGCUGGCACAUUAAUUGCUCACACAGAUGCAGUCUGGGGUCUUGCUUACAGCAGUGUAAAGAAUCACUUACUAUCUUGUUCAGCAGAUGGCACUAUUAGAUUAUGGAACCCACCAGAAAAAAUGCCCUGUAUUUGCACUUACAAUGGAGAAAAAGAGCAUGGAAUACCUACAUCAGUUGACUUUAUAGGUUGUGACCCUGCUCAUAUGGUGGCAUCUUUUAACACUGGCAGCACAGUCAUCUAUGAUUUAGAAACAUCCCAGUCAGUGGUAAUGCUUUCAUCACAAAUAGAAUCUGGUGUACAAUCAAAUAAUCAUAUUAACAAGGUAGUAAGUCAUCCCACACUUCCUGUAACUAUUACAGCACAUGAAGAUAGACACAUCAAAUUUUUUGACAACAAAACGGGUAAAAUGAUCCAUUCUAUGGUUGCUCAUUUGGAUGCUGUCACAAGUCUAGCUGUAGAUCCUAAUGGAAUCUAUUUAAUGUCUGGAAGCCAUGAUUGUUCCAUUAGGUUAUGGAAUUUGGACAGCAAGACAUGUGUGCAAGAAAUAACAGCUCAUAGGAAAAAGCUGGAUGAAUCAAUUUAUGAUGUAGCAUUUCAUCCGUCAAAAGCAUAUAUUGCCAGUGCAGGAGCUGAUGCCCUUGCCAAAGUAUUUGUGUGACAUAGCAGAACAAACCUGCGUCAUAACAGCAGGUCUGUUUGGACAAAAAAGAGGGAAUGCGUCACUGCCAUCAAUGAUAAGGUUACCAGUAAGACACUACAUCUGAUCUGCCUGGGUAAAGGCUCUUAAUGUGGGGCAGGUAUAAGUUGGUGAAAAAUCACCACAUCUUGAACAACGUCAGGCUCAUUCAUUUAACUGUAAUUACUGUAUUUUGGGGGGUGGGGAGAAAUACAAAAAAGAAAACCAGUAUUUGUAGCCUUGACUGGAUAUGAACUGAGCGUAUGUCUGUUCUUUAGGUGUCUUUAAGCAAACGUGGAGUCUGAUCUUACAAAAGACUUAUUUUGGACUCUGUGUGCUGCCUUAGGGUUAGGAAUGUGGUGCUCUUGUGGGGGGAAGUGAGCUCCAAGAGUAGCUUUCUUUUCAUCUCUUAGUAAUCUUCUGUUUAUCAGUUGAAUGCCACAGAUUCCCCUUUUAAACUUUUAUUUUGCUUUAAAGAAAGGAAAUUUAACUUAAAAUAUUUUAGCAUUAGUUGCACAAAAUGUUUGGAUAAAAUUCUAGUUUUUAUAAGUCUUUUUAUAUAUUUAGCCUGUCACAACAGUGCUCAAGAUUGUAUUGAUAAUGUUUUUCUGCAUUAUAGAACCCUAAAACACAGAGAUCUCACUGACCCGCUGCCGUGUAACCACACUCUUCCCUUCUUUUGCCUAAUACAGCUCAGCUAAGUCCUUGCAUAAGGAUGCUAAUUCUUCAUCAUCGCAUAACUGUCUUCAUAAAUAAAGGACUGUAAAAUGUGUUCAAAUGAAACACAGAGGGGUUAACACCCCCAAAUGAACUCUUUAAAAAAAAAAUUUAAUCUUGGCAUCCUAUCACUAUGUGAUAUUUUGUACAUCUUACUGUAUUUACGAGUUUAUUUAUCAAGGAUUACCCAUCUUGCUAAUGGCCUAUUGUUAUUUAUUUCACUUUUUGUUGGUCUUUAUAUCCUUUUAUGUAGUGUGUUAAAGGGCCCUGUAUAUCUAUUAUGGCACUCUUUGAACAGUCUAAAAUAGAAGAGAAAAUGGGACAUUUGAUAAUUCUAAAGUUGCAAACCAAGAAAGUCUUUUUCUUCUGGUUAAGUACCUGGAGUGGAGUUGAUUCCAAAAAGCAAUCUUGUUUCAGAACUUUUGGAGUGAAAAUUAUUUUUAUUUGCGUUUCAAAUAGAAUACAAAAGUAGUUGAUUCAAGAUUCAUAAAUCUGCUGUGUUUUGACUAGUUAUUCCCUGCUUUUAUUUUAUUUUCAGAUGUGCUUCAGUUUAUGGUGUAACUAAAGAUUUUGUUUGUGUAAUGCAUGAUUAAUACAAUAAAGUAUUUUUUCUAGUCUUCCACAAAACUUUUCUGAUCAGUUUGCGAGUUUUGAUGAGUUUUGUAAGGUUUCUGUUUUACAAACUAUGAAUCAGCAAAUUUUUAAGAUUGUACCACAUAGCAAAAGUACAGCUGUUGAAAAAUAAUGUAUAUAAAAUGCAUAUAAUAAAUAUUAAAUGGUGUACCUGUA